UCGGGACGAGUCAUUCGGAUGACGAGUGCCGUGCUGUGUCCUUGCACUUGGUGUGUUUAUAUACCCAUCGGACCACUGCGGUGUCACAGGGCACCGACGACAAGCGUCGGUUCCAUUCGUUGGAGCAUAGACUGAGCGAAGACAUGUGCGAGGCUAGGCCGUGACCCGGGACGAAGAAGAGGACCUGAACAUGACGCCGUCAGGGAGGAGGUCGUUUUUGAAUUCGCUGACCCUCGUUGCAGUGACCUUUCUGCUGUUUUGGAGUCAUCUCGAUCGCGUGACGGGAUGUCAGUUUUACCCGGUUGGGGAGUACCUGAAGUUCGUGAGGGUACCGGAGAACCUAGCGAAGGGCACGGAAGUCCUGUCGUUGGAGGCUCAUCCGAGGAACCACCUUUCGAUUAUGCCAGUGGAUAAGGACGAAGACGCGCGUUUCUUCGCGUACAAACAGACCAACAGGACUCACGUUUCCCUGGUGCUGGCCCAGUCUCUGGAGGAUCUGGUGGACGCCGAGGCGCCUAGAAACCUCCUCAAGUUCCGCGUGGUAUGCGAUUACAACGAUGGCGGCGAUUCGCUGGUGACAUCGCACCUGUCAGUGACGGUCUACGUGGAGGACAUAAACGAUCAUGCUCCGCAAUUUGUCGACGCGCCUUAUCACGUUUCCGUGGAUGAGCUUACUCCAGUCGGUGUCACGAUAUUCCGUGGGAUCCACGCAGUGGACGGCGACAAGCCGAACACGCCAAACAGCGACGUCCACUACGCGAUAGUGAAAGGCAACGAGCAGGGCAAAUUUUCACUCGAAUCCGGCCACAGAACCGCUCUCAUACUCCGUAAACCAGUGGACUACGACAACGGCGAUCGCGAGUUCACGCUGGUCAUUGCGGCCACGGAUCGUGGAGUGCCUGCGAGGACCACCAACACAACCGUGAAGAUCACGAUACUGGACAACGACGAUCUCGACCCGAAGUUCACGCGGGACGUGUACAAGGCGAAGAUUCACGAGUUCUAUCCGAUGCCAGACUACCCCAUCUUCACGCAGAUCAAUUUUACUACACCGAUCCAAGCGACGGAUUGCGACCGAGACAUAAACGUGCCAGUCCGUUAUGACAUAAUCUCUGGCAACGAGCGAGGCUUCUUCCAGCUGGAUCCCAAGAAUGGCAGCCUGUUUCUGAAGCGGGCCAUCGACUUGGACGCAGAGAAGAAUUUGCCAUCGAACACCUUCACCUUGCAAAUUCACGCGUCCCAGGUGGACAACCCUCUGAAGACAGCGGUUGCCAGAGUCGAGCUUGAAGUGCUGGACCUGAACGAUAAUCUGCCAGAGUUCGAAGUAGACCUGUAUAAUAUCAGCAUCGUGGAGAAUCUGCCGAAUGGGUUCAGCGUAUUGCAGGUGAUUGCUCGCGAUAGGGAUCAAGGCGAGAAUGGUCAGUUCGACUACGAGCUCUUAGAUCCUUCCGGAGCCUUCUCUGUGGAUCCGAAAUCGGGAUGGCUGACCGUGAAGGAUCAGUCGGUUCUGGACCGAGAGAAACGGGACCAUUUGCGAAUGAAGGUCCUCGCAAUAGAGAGGAGGGCCAGCGUGGUCCAUUGGGAUGGCUCGAGAAAAACGAACGGCUCCUCCGUGGACGUUGAAGUGACGUUGCUCGACGCCAACGAUAACAAUCCCAUCUUCGUGCCAGGGAACCUUUACGAAUUGGUCGCGAAAAGUGACUAUAAGGUGGGCACUGUGCUCGGACAGGUGCACGCAGUCGACGAGGAUCUCGGUCCCAAUGGUAUGGUUAAGUAUAGACUCCAGAAACCAGGGAACUCGACUGCUCGCACACCACCUUUCCACGUAGACGACAUCACUGGCAUGAUCACCGUCUCUGAAAGCCCCAUUCUAGAAGGAAGACACGCUAUUUUUGUGGAGGCCGCGGAUCAACCUGCCAAUCCUAGCGAGAGGAGAUUCUCCCUAGCUGUCGUGACUGUUGACGUAUUCAGGUCCAAUGGGCCAGAGUCAUUGGAACCAGAUUUCGUCGGAGCUCCUUACGAAUUCUGGGUCGGUGCCAAUGUGCCAGUCGGCACUAGCGUCGGUCAAAUUCGCCUAAACGACGCUGUAAAAACGAAUGAUUUGAUAUACGACCUUCUGCAUGGCUACGAGGAAGGAGUUCCGUUCGCCGUGGAGGAGCGCUCGGGAACGAUUACGGUCGUCGACGAGAUAGAGCGGUUUGACCGGUCGACGUUCGACUUCGAGGCGGUCGUUACCGACGAGAGGGACCUGAUGCUGAUCACCAACGUCUCGAUACACGUGGUAGACCCUAACGACGAGAGAGGCAUCUUUACCAAGGGAACGACCACCGCUCCUCUGGUCUUCCAUGCCAAGGAAAACGUUCCUGGCACGUACAUCGGACAAGUGCUUCCGCAAAAUAGCACUGGCACCACCGCUACCGGCACCAGGUUUUUCAUCGUCAAUCAACAAGACGUCCCCGACAUCUCCAUCAGCGAGGACGGCGCUUUGUACGCGCCACGGGGUCUCGAUCGCGAGACCAGGCAGAAUUACAGCAUCACCGUAAUCGCAGAGAGCCCUCGUGGAGUGGGAGUUUUCCAAGUGACCGUGAUAGUAAUCGACGAAAACGAUCAUCCCCCGAUGUUCACGUCGUCCUUAUACGAGGGUCGAAUCCUCGAGAACAGUCCGCCAGGCACGAAAGUGAACCUAUCGAAUCCAAUCAUGGCUACCGACAAAGACGAGGGCGCCAAUCAGAACUUCGCCUUCAGUCUCCACGGUGCUGGCAGCGAGCUCUUCAGGAUCCAUCCGAUCACUGGUUUAGUGUACUUCGAGGGAAUCGAUGACCGCACCCUGGACAGGGAGGCGAAAGCGAACUAUAGCUUCAAACUUGUUGCUAAAGACAGUGGAGGCCUAAUGUCAGAAUCAGACCUGAGGAUAGCAGUGAUGGAUGCGAACGACAAUCCCCCCGCGUUCAUCCGGAUGAUCGUCCUGCCGGAUCAGGGUGUCCACGUAUCAAACGAGCCAGAUUACGAGGCGCCCUUGGAGGGGAACGACGUGUUCGACAUGGGGGAUCCGUCGACCGGAAGUCAGCGACCCAGCAGCCGUCGUUCGCCUCUUCUUCUUGUGCCGGAAAACGCGACGAUCGGAGCUCCGAUAAUACGACUCCUGGCGGAGGACAAGGACGAGGGAGCGAACGCUGCGAUAACGUACAGCUUGGGGAACGAGACGACAUCCGGCGAAGAUGUUGGUUUGCGUCGUUUCGACACGACUAGUCGAAGGUACUUCCACCUUGAUCCGAGGUCAGCUGAGAUAUCGGUAGCUAGAGGACUUCCUGCCGAGAGGAACAUUCGUCUGUUCGUCGUGGCGAGGGAUUCUGGCGGUCUAUCUGACAACAUCACCAUCAGGAUCCACAUGGUGGACGUCAACGACCAUCCACCCAUCUUCGACAAGUCCUGGUACACCUUCGACGUCCCUGAAGGGACUUACUCUGGUUACGCAGUUGGCGCAGUGCGUGCCGUCGACGCCGACUUCGGGAUGAACGCGAACGUCAGCUACGAGCUGACGUCUGGCAACGACAAUCUGGACAACCCCGAAAACGCCAGAAGGACCUUCGACGUGGCCCCUCAGGAGGGUAUAAUCAGAGUCAGCGGAGUCCUCAAUCGAGAAAGCGUGAGCGCCCAUCGACUCCUCGUGACAGCCCGCGAUAACGGCUCGCCCAGACUCAGCACCACCGUGGAGAUCGAAGUGAACGUCCUGGACGUCAACGACAACCCACCGAGGUUCUACGGCUACGAUGAAACCGAGACAGACGCUCAAGGAAACGUCCUGCCGGUGUACUUAGCGUCGGUCUUCGAGAAUAGCUCGAUGGGCAGCCAGGUGAUCAAGGUCUUCGCCAACGACACGGACUUCACCGGAAACGGAAACGGUUUGAUCCUCUUCGACCUGACCCACCUGGAGGAGCCUGAAAGGCAGUUCUUCGCUAUCGACAGCAAGGAGGGUUUGAUCACGACUAUAGGUACUCUGGACUAUGAAACCAAGAAGACCCAUCGUCUCUUGGUCACUGCCAGUGACCUAGGGACACCUGUCAGCCUGACCUCUUCCGCUAUCGUCCUUGUCACCGUCCUAAACGUGGACGACGAUCAAGACGAAACUGAAAACGAAGUGCAGAGGGUUCCUGUCUUUCGUCAUCGGUAUUACGAGGUGGAAGUCGAGGAGAACGUCGACGUGCCGGUCGAGAUAGCCCAGCUGGACCUUGUCGACGGCCACCAGAGCGAUCAUAUUCGGUACAGUGUCGUGGCUGAUGAUUCGAGUGCCAGAGAACACUUCUCGAUCGACCCCAGAAACGGCUCGCUGUUUCUGACGACGGAGGUGGACAGAGAGGUGAACGAUCGAUACGAGGCCAAGGUCAGAGUCGACAGGGUGAAGAUUGGUCGCGGGAUGCCCGUGAUGAUUUACCCAGUUGUCGGUGAAAGGCUGAAUGGUCUAGCCCCGAACGAGGCCAGGGUCGUCGUCAGGGUGAAGGAUGUCAACGACAAUGCGCCCAGAUUCAAGUCAAAGGGCCGACCCAUCCUCGCCGCGGUACCCACCACUGCCCAUUAUGGGUAUGAGGUCGUCAAAGUGGAAGCGGAGGAUCCAGACGAGGGUGCAAACGCCGAGAUCCGCUACCAAAUUCUUGGCCGAGAAGACGCCCCGCGAUUCGCCAUUGACCCACUUAGCGGUCAAGUACGAUCCGUGGCGAGUUUUGGCCGUCACGCUGGACGCGUUUUCGGGUUCGACGUCAAGGCAACCGACAGACGGGGCGCCGAUAACGGUCGUAGCAGCAUCGCCAACGUCUUUGUGUACGUGCUGGAUGACCAAAAACAGGUCGUGAUGGUCAUCGGUCGAAGACCCAUGGACAUAGAGCCGCAACUCGAGAACAUCACCGCAGUGCUGCACAAUGUGACGGGACUGGACGUUCGAGUGAGAAAGCUGGAGCCACACAUUGAGAAGAAUUUGAUCGACGCCACGUCUACUGACGUUUAUCUUUACGCCAUCGAUCCUCACUUAAAUGUCAUGAUUGACAUGGAUACCUUACACAACGUGUUCCACAAAAAGAAGAUGGAGAUUAAGCGCGAAUUGGACGAGUACGAUAUCCUGGACAUCGCUGGCAGCGCCCCUCGAAGAGGUAGUCAACGUUACCUGUUAUCCACUCUCGAAGUAGGCGUCGUGGUGCUUGGAUGCGUCAUCUUCGUGGGCGCCCUCGCCACCGCCCUGUGCAUCACGUGUGUUCGUCGAAAUAAACGUCGCAAACGUCGGCAGAAAGCAAUGUUCUCGACGACCAGCCCGAUUGGAUUCGCAUUGGCAGAUCCAGCGGGAACGCUGCAGAAACCGCCGCUUUUCCCGACCUUCGUCGACGGCCUUCACUACGACCCUGAGCCGUUCUGCACCGACAUGUCGAGGCGACAGAGCAUCUGCGAGCACGGAGCCAACUGUGGCCGCUAUCACGCGACGGGCGGCAGUAGUAAGCACGCAGGGAGGACGACAGGGACCCCGAAAGGCCUCGAGGCAUCCGCGACGUCCUUGCAUUCCAGCGGUCAGGAUUCUGGGAUCGUGGCGCGCGCCUCCUGCCACUGCAGUCACUCGUCGAGCCCCUCCAGCGGCGAGAGCAGCAACGGUUACGAGGACUCCCUGAAGUCUCUGCAGCGACGGGAAAGGGGAAACGACGUCUCCCGAGGCAACCACGACACGUUGAGCGUGGUCGGAAGACGCGCCAAUCAGGCAACCUCCAGGAGGCGGCAGCGCUUCAACUCGCUCUCGAACGGGGAAUUCGCUUACUCCCAGGAGAUGACGUUACAGAGGGAGCAACGUUGUUGCGUCGGGACCGAGAAGAGACGGAAGAACGAGGGGAUACAGCGCGAGCACCGUCGCGCCCAUUCCGAGGCGGAAAACAAUAUCACCGAGACGGUGAUACACGAGCAUCCCGGAACCGAGAUCUCACUGUCGAGCUCAUUGCAAAAUACGUCGAGCCUUCACGGUGCAACGAGGAGCAGCCACAUGCUGUAUUAACGACAGCGAGACCUAGGGGAUGGAGAACUUCCGAGGGGGAGAAAGAUAAUAGUCUUCCUGGCCAUGAGUUUUCUUAUUGUCAAUAGCAUUGCCCGUGCAAGCCACGUGGGUUUUGUCCGCGUUCCCCGAACGUUAUUCCUGUGUCCCUUCUUGCACGUUGUUUCACUGUGACGAGCGAUACGAUUAAUUCCGUUCGAUCAUCCGCGUUGCACUGCGAGGAUAUCGUUUCUGUCUUAACGAAUGGCGGCCGUUUGUCCUCCGACGCGCGUAGGAUGAUCGAAACGUGGAUCGAUAAAUUUCGGGGACAGAGAUGCACGAGGGUGAGAGAACAGUUGCUGUUCGGUAUAGUAUUUAUUUUAUUGUCUGAAACGAUCACUGUGAUUAGUCAAGAAUCACUUUCCACUCAGAACGGUGACUUUAGAAGUGAAUUAAUUCUUUUUGGCAGAAGAUACGUGUAACGCUUUCGUGCAAAGAUGCGUUUGCUCGGAACUUGAUCGAUUUUUCGAAUCACGUUGCGAAUUAGAAGAAUUUCGUACGACUGAUAAGAGUUAUAUUAUUAAGAAGUUACCACUACGAAACGAAGAACCGGGUAGGAACAACACGUUCACGAUUCGCGAGUUACUUCCUGUUUUAGGCGAAGGUGCAGUUACGCAAAAUGUGUCAUCACGUUACCAAAGUACUCGUCAUUAAUUCGAACAUCACUCAUUCCUGUAAAUACGCGAGAAAGGUUUAUCGGUACUUUGAGAUUCAUUGUUAUUCUUUUCGUACGUGUUGUAUUCGUUAGUGCUAUUAUUAUUCUUUUCUACGCGAUAUGAAUAUUAUUUAUCAUAUAAGAAUGUUCUUGUAACAUGUCAAUGUAUACGGUAUAUAAUUUGCGUCGAAAGUUGAGCGAAUAUUAUAUAUUCAAAUUGUUAUAAAAAAAUAAUGUAAAUUAUUUAAAUACAGAGAAUAUAAAACAUUGGAUGUUAUAAGUACGAAUUUUUAUAUUACUUAUUUUUUAAUGUACUUUUCUCUGUUUGGCAAAUGGAUCAUCGAUCGUUUGGAUGAUCGCUCCGCGAAUACACGAAUUCUGUAUCGUACAUAGCUGUCAACGAACAUAACUAAUAUAUUUAAAAACCACUGUAAGAAAGUGUAACAUAUGUAUGUAAUAAUGUAUAAUUUAUACCGCGAUCCGAGAAGGCUCGAUAAGAAGUAACUGUGUUAAUAAAUCGUUAAUAAAGGCAAUCACC